UCGGCGAGGUUUGAUGAUGCAAGGUUUCAAACAGGAAGUAGAGUCAACGCGUUUCAGAGCAUUACAUGAAGACCACUUUAAUGUACUUUCUGUAAAUGACGGCGAAUAAAGAAAAUAUGACGGCCAAUACAGUGGGUAGACUGUGCUUCCGCAAUGUAAAUGCACUGGCUCCUAUGGUGCGCGUUGGCACCUUACCAAUGAGACUGCUGUCCCUGGAUUAUGGUGCUGAUAUUGUGUACUCUGAGGAGCUGAUUGACAUCAAAAUGGCACAGUGUCAGAGAGUUGUCAAUGAGGUCUUGGAGACUGUGGAUUUCGUGGCUCCUGAUGAGAGAGUGAUGUUCAGGACCUGCGAAAAGGAGAAAGACCAUGUUGUCUUCCAGAUGGGAACUGCGGACCCAGACAGAGCACUAAUUGUGGCGCGACUAGUGGAGAAUGAUGUGGCUGCCAUCGAUGUGAACAUGGGCUGUCCUAAGGAAUACUCUACUAAGGGUGGGAUGGGAGCUGCUCUGCUCUCAGACCCCGACAAAAUCGAAGCGAUUCUUAGAACACUUGUGAAAGGAGUGUCCAAACCAGUGACGUGUAAAAUCAGAAUAUUGGCCACAGUGGAAGAUACUCUUAGUCUGGUUAAGAGAAUUGAGAACACAGGUGUGGCAGCUAUUGCUGUCCAUGGCAGGUUAAAAGAUGAAAGACCAAGACACCCUGUUCACUGUGACUUCAUCCAGGCUAUAGCUGAGGCGGUGUCCAUUCCUGUCAUUGCUAACGGAGGUUCUCUGGACCGGGUCAAAGCCCACGCUGACAUCGAGGACUUCCGGAAGGCCACCGGGGCGUCCUCGGUGAUGGUUGCCAGGGCAGCUAUGUGGAACCCCUCAGUGUUCCGCAGUCAGGGACUGCUGUCUGUGGAGGAGGUCAUGGAGGAGUACCUCAAAUACGCCAUCCGCUACGACAACCAUGCCUUCAACACCAAGUACUGCCUCUGUCAGAUGCUGAGGGAUAAGGUGGAGUCUCCACUGGGGAAGCAACUCAAAUCUGCCCAAACCAACGAAGAGAUCUGUGAGGGAUAUGGGCUGCAGGAAUACUAUAAGAAGACCCAGGCAGAACUACAAGCCAGAAGGGAAGCCAUCCAAACCAACCACAAUCACCCUGACCACCCUGUUCUAGAUGGUGAUGUCACCACAAUGCGUGUCAAAUUUGAACGGAGGGAGUACCCUGGAGAGUUCAGCCCUAAGAUGUUCCUGCUGGAAUGGAGCCGCAAGGAGAACUUGGAGCAACCACGUUAUGAGACGGUACAGCGCUCUCAAGACCGGGCGUUCCAAUCCAUAGUAACGAUGACAGGGAAAAAGUACAGAUCCACUCUGUGGGAGAAGUCAAAGAAAUAUGCAGAGCAGGCUUCUGCUAUAGUAUGUCUACGUGUCCUAGGACUACCAGAGGGGCGGGCGGGUGAAGAGUACUCUGGGUUGGUGGGCAAGAGGAAGAGGGAGGAGAAGAGCAACAAGACGCCAGACGAGGAGGACGCCACUGCAUACUCUGGAGCCAGGAAAAGAUACCUGUCUGAAAACCCAGAAGAGCAACAGGUAGCCGCGGAAGGCAACAGGUCACCAACUAUUCCAAAUGGUGUACAGCACAAGACAAGCAGAGCCUGACUACUGCACCGUGUAACAACUGUGUAAAAUGACUGCUUUAUAACCGCAAUAAGACAGCAUGCACCUUUUAUAUUAAAUGGUGGCUGGUUUGCAGCAGGGGUCAGCUCUUACCAUGGGGAGUGAUUGAUACAGUAGCGGCCAUAUUAUUGUGAGAUUGAGACAUUGCAACAAGAGUAGCCUACAGUGAGUGUCUGAGAUAUUCUGACAG